UAUGUAGGAAUGGGAUUCGACCUCGGGCGCUUCCUAGGGGAGGUUAACGACGGUCUUCUGUGUUGUAUUUGCCGCGAUGUCCUAGAAGACCCAGUCCAAGCACCUUGCGAGCAUGCGUACUGUCGAAGGUGCAUCGAAGGAUGGCUUGCAAACGAAACAAGGUGCCCGGAAGACAGGAAGAACCUACCGCUUUCGAACCUUAAACCUUUGUUCCGUUAUAUGAAGAACGAUCUGGACAACCUACAAAUUCGUUGUAUUAAUGUGACUCGGGGCUGCAGUCACGUUAGUUCGCUUGAGGUCCUUGCGACCCACGAGUCGGAGUGCCCCCGUGGUUCGGUUGAGUGCCCAAAUGGUAACUGUCCUCUCUCUGUGUCAAGAGAAGACCUGGCCAAGCAUUUAGAGGACUGUGGGUUUCGCGCCAAGGAAUGUCCGAAAGGCUGCGGCAUACUGAUGGUCACACGGGACGACAAUGAACACAACUGUAUCUACGAGCUGAAAACCGCCAUUGAUAUCCUGCGCUCUGAGAUGUUCUGUAAGAUUGACGAACAGAAACGUGAAAUGGAACUGAGGCUGAACACUCAAAGGUGUCACAUGGUACAGAAAGAGUCCUCCAUGCAGGCUCAGGUGGUUGAGUUAAAGACCGAGGUUUCUAGACUUUCUCAAAAAAUAAAGCUUCUGAUGGAACUGGAGGUCAAGCGCCGACAAGACACAGAGAGAUUGGAACUUGAAAAGCGUGAGUUGAUGGACUUACUUCGCCGGAACCAGAACGAGACUGGAAAUACUUCCGGUGACAAGCGACCUUCAACUAGGAAAGUAACCGCACUGUAAAUGGAUAUGUUUUCCGUACUGUCUUAUUUUAAUGCGUGGUGUCUUGAUAAACACAAGUCCGAAGGAUGCAUGUAGCAUGACACAUGUAUUUCGUGUUAUCAAAGUUGAAAUACAUGUACUAUACGUCCAAUCAAUAUUAAUAACUGUAUCAACAUUGUUUACAUAGCUUAGAAAUAUAUUAAUCAUGUUUUAUACAUGUUGCGUGAAAUCAUACCUGAACAUGCCAUUUAAUAAACCACCAAAACAUGAACCUAUAAAGUAAGAAAAAAAAUGGGCGCUUAAGAUAUAGAUUCGGCAGGAAUCUGAGCGCACAAGGAGAGUGGAAAUUUCAUCAAAUAAUUUUGCACAUUUUUCGAAUUAUAUUAACCGCUAUUUGGUUUUUGUUGGACGUGGAAUGGGUAUAGAAAACAUGUUUGUAAUGCAAACGGUUGGUGGCAUAGAUCUGCCACCACUUGUCAGAUAGUUAUGUCGACUUGGCAGAUGAUUAUGUCGACUUGUCAGAUAUUUAUGUCAACUUGUCAGAUCUUUAUGUUGACUUGUCAGAAAAUAACCAUAUUGACUAGAAACUCAAUAUUUUGUUGUUAAAGCGUGUUAGUGCCACUAACUGCCAUUAACUUGUCAUAAUAAUAUCUGACGAGUAUACAAAAAGAUCUGACAAGUUAAUAUGGCCACUAGUUUAAAGAAAUUUAUCAUUCAUAUUAUAAGCCAAGGUAUCAGAUAAUGAUGUUGACAUGUCAGAUAUUAGGUCGUCUUGUCAAAUAAUUAUUUCGACUUGCUAAUGUCGAUUUGUCAGAUCCUUAUGUCGAAUUGCCAGAAAAUAUUAUUUCAACUUAAUGGCACAAAUUGGGCGUGGAAAGGUUAAAGUGUUAAAUGUUUAAACACGUGGAUAAGUGACAAGUCGACUUAAAGAACUGACAAGUUCACAUAAUUAUCUGACAAGUCCACAUAAUUAUCUGACAAGUGGACAUCAAGAUCUGACAAGUCGACAUAAUUAUCAGAGAAGUGAUGGCAGAUCUAUUCCACCAUAGGUUUUAUUAUAGUAUGGGUCUAAAGAUAUCAACACGAUGCAAUUCAUGCAAAAUCCUACUUAUUUAUAUCUAUUUUUAAAUGAUUUUAUUGUCUCUGGGUCCUCUCUCCACAAAUUUGAAACGUGCAAAGAUGAAAUAUUUUAACAGUGAAAAUGUUGUAAAAAAAAAAAAGAUGGAGUGAUGACCCAGAGAUGACUAUUUAUGUACUAUUCCAAAAACAAAUUUGGAGGAUAAAAACAAUUAAAGUCCAUUGAUAUGGCAAUGUUGUUUCAAAACACUUUAUACCGCACAUUAAUUGUGAAGUCACGCAUGGCUCGAUGGUUUUGUCCUGGAUUAGUGAAUACAAACAUGCAGUGUUUGGGGUUCAAAUCCUACUGUUGACUACUUUUUUAUUUUUGUUUAAAACUUUUUUGUUUUUAAAUGUAUGUUGAAUGUAACAUUAUGUUGAAUUAUGGAAUACCGGUAUAUUUUAAUUUCCCUUUAUUGGUUUUUGCCGUAUUCAUGAACACUAUUUUCUGUUCUUAUAACUAGUUUAAUAAGAUGUACGAUAUAAGUGAAUUAAAAUACAUUAAUUAACAUUUCCAACAUAACUAAUUAUAUCGGUUUACCCUCUCAUUGACAUUUUUAGAAAGUUUGUGAGGUUUUUCUUUAUAGCCGGAAUGGACAUGUACAUCAACUUUCAAGUUUGAGUAAUUAAUUUUUGUUCAAACUUUCGAGGUUAUAGACAUUUAAAUCAAUAUUGAUUCGUGUCGAUGAUUCCUGCAAACUUAUAAUCUUUUGCGCCCAGUUUCUUUUAAAAUCCAUGACACGGGA